UGGUCCAUCUCUCACAGUUUCUUCGCGUACAUGGGCGGAUUCAUGCUGUAUCACGGCGGGAAGCCUUGCUGCACAAUAACGCCUCCAAACCUUCGAGCGCUCAUCAGUGAUAAAACCAUCGAUCCUAUUGCGCUCACCAGGAGCGAAAUCAAUGACUCCAGUAAAGGCAACGUCAUAUCCAAAGGACUCGUCAUGCUUCAAGUCGCUUGGUUCAUCAUAAACCUCAGUGCGAGGAGGUACUACGACAUUCCUAUCAGUCCGCUCGAGAUCGGAACUAUGGCUUUCGCCAUGCUAUGCGUUAUUACAUACCUCUUUUGGUGGUAUAAGCCUUUAAACGUUCGUCACCCUCGACGGGUUGAGUGGAGGGGAAAGAACGAGCCGCCAAAGGAUCUCUAUAUUGACGAGUACGUGUUCCCUCGCAUCCUUAUGCAGGUGCAAGCUGAAUCGGAGACCUGCGCAGUCUCCACAAAGAGAACGAAUUCGGUCGACACCUCAGGCAAGCCCUCGACCUUUGGCGGGGAUGACGUGGGGACUCACGAGACCGAAAGUAACCACGCCGAAUUCAACACGGUCCUCGCAAUCGGCUUCCUCGCCGCCGUUGCCUUCGGCCUCGUGCACCUUACCGCAUGGUGGCUGCAGUUCCCUUCCUAUGCGGAGAGACUGAUAUGGCACAUCAGCGUGAUCGUCGUGAUCUCCACGCCUCCUUGCACUCUUCUCAACGUGCUCCUGCUGUCGGUCAUAUACUCCAUUGCAGUAGCAAGGGGCGUGGAGUCGACAGACACGUUCAAGACGGCUUUGAAGUAUGUGACAGUGGGCACAUACGGGAUCAUAGGUCUUGCGUAUGUGGUUGCCCGGCUUGCAAUUAUUGUUAUCAUGUUUACCUCACUACGUGACUUGACUCCUGGCUCGUACGAGACGGUAGAAUGGUCAGACCUCAUUCCUCAUGUGUAG